AUGACAUGUAUGAGUAUAAAUUCUAUUCGUCACGCUAGUCAUGCUGGAAGUUGGUAUGUAGAUAAUAGUGAUCGUUUAAAUUCUCAAUUAACAACAUGGUUAAAUGAAGUUGGCGGCGGCAAUAAGGUUGAUCAUGGAAAAGCACAAGCCAUCAUUGCUCCACAUGCUGGUUAUACAUAUUCUGGACCAACAGCUGCUUAUGCUUACAAACAAAUUGAUCCAACUGAUAUUGAUCGUGUAUUUUUACUUGGUCCAUCACAUCAUUAUAGUUUAAAUUCCUGUGCAUUAACAAAUCAUACACAUUAUGAAACACCAUUUUAUAAUAUUAAAAUUGACUCACAAACAUCUUCACUGUUGUAUAAAACGGGUUUAUUUUCAACUAUGACUAAUGAUCAAGAUGAGAAUGAACAUUCGUUAGAAAUGCAUUUACCAUAUAUCGCAAAAAUAUUUGAAAAAAAACGCAAUGAUUUUCAACUAAUUCCAAUUUUAGUUGGCUCAUUAGACUCACGAAAACUUGAACAAUACGGUCAAUUAUUAGCACCUUAUUUAUGUGAUCCAAAAAAUUUAUUUGUGAUAUCAUCUGAUUUUUGCCAUUGGGGUAAAAAGUUUGCCUAUACGCCGUAUGAUCAAAAUGAUGGUGAAAUAUGGCAAUUCAUUCAAAAACUAGAUAAUAAGGGUAUGGAAUUGAUAGAACAAUUGAAUUUGAGUGAAUUUCAUAAAUAUUUACGAGUUCGAGAAAUUAGUGAAAUUAGAUUUAUAGAAUAG